AUGAUCCCUCCCAGUACAAGAUCCAUAGUCAUCCUUGGUCUUACUUUGUUCAGCAACCUACAGGCUGCAUUCCUGACUGGAUAUGGAGGAGACCAAGCAUGGGCACAGGCAAGCCCUGUUCAAAAGCACAAAGACAACCACCCUACUGGGAACGUACUGUGGAGUAGCCAGACAUCAUCAAGAGCCGCGACUCCACCAAAAACACAAAACUCUUGGUCAGUUACUCAUGGUGACACUGGCCAUUCAUCACUAACCACCUUAUUAGCAACACCAGGGUCAUCUCUCCAUCCAGCUUCCCAGGUCCAGAGCAAGGUAUUCAAAACUUCAGCAUAUACAGUAUCUCCUGACCAAAGGAGACAUGAAAUGAGGAUUAGUGCUGCCUGGGUAUUGAAGGAAUCCAAAGCUACUGCUCAAAGUUCAAAUGACACUGGUCUGAAACAGAAGCAAAUGGACCUACUGACAACUCUACAGGAUGACAGAAGAAUGGUAGAGGAGUUCACCAGAAGGCCUGGUACCAAUUCCCCUAGAGGCAGCUUGAAAUUAGACUCCAUGCCCAGUUGGACACGUCCUGGCUUGGACAAAGGGCAUGAAGAAGGUUCCUAUAAGAAAAAUGACAGUCUGGGUUCCUUAAAAGACGAGACAUCCAGAUCAACUCCACGACUGACAGCACGCACUCUCAUUCCAGGCUUGCCUUCACUCGAUGACUGGAAUGAUGGCUUAAUUGAAUCCUCCUCCCAGCCUGACUGCAAUAUCGACACCACAGGGGUCUGCAACUCCUCAAGCCCUCUCUGGAGCCUUGGUCUCCCUGACAACCUGCCCAGUGCCCUGACUCCUGCUUCCCCAAUGCCCCCUCCUGGGAAUAUGACCCCACCUCCUUCUCCAAUAAUGACCCCACCUUUUUUGGUGCCAUUAUUUUCAGACUGGAAUGCUGCAAUGGCAACAUGGGGCCUGGCAUGGGAGCUGCAGGUAUACGGGCUGGGUUGUGUUUUCUCUCUGGUGGCUGUGUUGUCUGCGCUAAGCUUAUUGUGCCUCCCUCUGUGUCAGCCAUCAGGCUGUGCCAACUUCACCCUUCUGCAUCUCCUGCAGCUGCUUAUUGGCUCAAGUCGGGCUUUCUGGCUCAUCUAUGACCCAUAUGGGCAGAGAGAGCGCCUCCCUGUGGCCUGGGCACGGCUCCUACAUGAGACCGGCUACCCAUGUUUAACCGGAGCCUUUGGCAUGCUGCUUGUGCUGCUUUCUCCUCAGGUACUCUCCCAGAAUGCUUUGCGGCGGUGCAUUUGCUUGCUGGCCGCGCUCAUGCUGCUUCACAUGGCCACAGUUAUGGGUACAGUUGGAAUAUUAUGGAUCUUCCCUUCCUUUCCGGUCAUGUCUCUGCUGCCCCCUGCAGCCUUCCUGCUUCUUUCGUGUCUCCUCUCCACUUCAUACCUGCUGCUCUACUGCUGUGCUCGCAUUGAGGCCAAGCACAUCUACAGGCUGAGAGAGAACUCCCCUGAUCGCCUUGCAUGCCAAGCCAGUCAUUGCCCUCUCAGUGAGGCAGGAGUAUGGGAACGGGCAGCUGGAAUGGGACUAUUCUCAGCACUUUUCCUCCUGGCAUGUGCAGGACUCAGGCUCUAUGCCAUUCUGCAUGCACUGGGACUGACUGGAGGCAGAAUGGGGCUCAUGCCCUGGCCCUGGUGGGUCUUUCAGCUGAGCUGCAGAGUAUGUGAGGCAUGUGUUUGUCUCACUCUAGCUCUAAUCCUCACACAUCCUCUCCUCUACUGUGGAGUAGCUAACCCCAAACUAAGACGCUGGAACUCAUGGUUCAACGGGUCGUCCACCAGGAACACGGUGAUCGCCAAACCCCAAAUCCUGUCAAGUGGCUGGACCAAGAAGCCUGGAGAGACACUGCAUGAAAGCAUGUCACGGCAUGAGAGUGAGAGUGUGCCACUUUAUACCUUAGCAGAGCUGCCUCUUGGAGAACCAGAAGGCCUGGACCUUAACUACCCCAACAGCCCUCAGCUUGCCUCUGCACAAUUUCCUAAAAAUGGACUUUUGGCCUCCCAGUCUUCCUUCAUCAGCCUGAACUGUGAUUCUACAGUAGAUCUGAGGCCUCCAUCUCCAAUUGACUUGCGGCGAAGCAUUGACGAGGCUCUAAACAGUGAGGCUCUGUUCCAUCGCAGCCUAUUCAGCUCCUCCAGGUUGUCCCUCAGCACACGGGGGCCUCCAGAUGGCCAGCCAUGCAGAGGAAUACCUGCAGAACCAUCUCUCUACCGCACUGCAUCAUGUGGGGAUAUGGAUCUGCCUUCUGCACCGUCACCACCUGUACUACGGAGCAGUGCAGCAUGGAAGGCCCCCAACUUUAGCUCCUUACGUGGAGGAACUAGAAGUCAUGGAGGUCACGCAUCUUUUUACGCUGGCUUUGGCACUGGGCGCCAGUCUCAGAAGCAAUACAGGGCUCUGGGCUCUAUUUCUUCAAGAGAGCGUUUAUAUGAUCAGCAACACAUUCGCACACAAGCUGAUGAACUGGCUGUGCAAGCUGAAUUCAUCAACGUCUGCAGACAGAUAGAUGCACUGAGUGUCUGCAGUGACACCAUCGAGCUGUAG